AGCAAAGGCCAAAUAUUCACCGACCGCCGAUUUGCUUACGCACGCAUCUUGCGUCAAGUUCUGUUUUUCGAAAGGAUGUACGAGCGAUCCGUUGCGCGUGAUAAUCACUCGUGUUGACGAACAGUGACGGGUAAUAUCGUGUGAUUCAUUGCGGCUUCCUUGAAUGUGGUAGCGUUACCGCGGAAAUAACUGUGACGACUGUGACAUAACCACGCGAAUUUUCAUCUCAUUAAUAAGAUAAUAUCGUAAAAUAUGCCGCCGCAAACAAACGUAGUGCCAAAGGAAAAGCUCGAGACCCCGUCGAAUGGGAUUAAUGCUGUUCUGUUGGGACCACCCGGUAGCGGCAAGGGCACUCAGGCCCCACUAUUCAAAGACAGAUAUUGCGUAUGUCAUCUGUCCACCGGCGAUAUGCUGAGGGCUGAGGUCAACUCUGGUUCUGCCCUCGGAGCUCAAUUUAAGAAAAUAAUGGACGAAGGCAAAUUGGUCAGCGAUGACUUGGUGGUCAGCAUGAUCCAGAACCAUUUAGAGAAGCCUGAAUGCAAACGUGGUUUUUUACUGGAUGGUUUUCCGAGGAGUGUACCUCAAGCGGAGAAGCUCGACGAAAUGCUCAACAAGAGGAAAACACAACUUGACGCCGUGAUUGAGUUCGGUAUUGAGGACAAAUUAUUGAUCAGAAGAAUCACAGGCAGGCUGAUACACCCGGCCAGCGGAAGAUCUUAUCACGAGGAGUUUGCUCCCCCCAAAGUUCCCAUGAAGGAUGAUGUCACCGGGGAACCUUUGAUCAAAAGAUCUGAUGAUAACGAGGAAGCUCUGAAAAAACGAUUGGCUACGUAUCACACACAAACUGCACCUCUCGUCGACUACUACGCUCUACAAGGGAUUCAUUACUACAUUAAUGCCGCCCAAUCCGCUGAAAAAGUCUUUAAGGACAUCGACCAGAUCUUCCUGAAAUCUACCAAAAAGAAGGGCUUCUUCAGCAGAUUUUUCUAGAACACUGCCAACAGAAUUAUUUUCAAAAAUGUUCGUUCUUAUGGGAUUGGUUCUUGAAAGAAACAGAGAUAAUUGUAAACGUGUUAAAAUAACGUUUCAAGAGCAUCUUUAUCAUGGUCCUCAUAUUAAUCUCAUUGUCAAUAACAUGAACGUCACGUUUACAAGAAUCACUGUAAAAGAUACGUUUUGUGGCAAUAAAACGAAGAUAUGUAGCAGUAUUUUAUAGACAGACACCAUAUUCUAGAGAGGUGCUACAAUCAUGGAUCAAACACACAUGAUCUAUUGAUGCUAAGAAUGUAAAAUAAUGCUUAUUAUAUUAGCUUAGAAAAGAAGCAGAUACAUUUGUACAUAGUCGUUAAAGAGUAUUCCGAUUCGUUGUUAUCAUAUUUUCACGUGAUAUUGUCUAUUUUAUAUCGGAUUAUUGAGAUAGACUUUUAUAUAUCUCAAUAUAUUUUUAAUUUCUUCUGUCGCGAAAGUUUAUCAGAUUAAAAUAUGUGAAACAACGGCGAGGAACAUACACGGCGACCAUGCACUAUUUACAAAUGCGCACAAUAAGUUUUGAUAUUAUGUUAUUUUUAAUGUUCAACGCGAUUGACUUAUUUUUUUAUUUUUAUUUUUGGAAAUUUCGAAAAAAAUUAACUAGAAUUUUCAAAAUGCCAAUAUCUUUUGCAGCACGGUCAGUAAACACAAAUCAAUCAAUUAUCUCAAAAUAGAUGACAAUUUUGAGUUAAUUGUGAUUCUGGGAUUGAAUAUGAUAAUAUAAAGUCUAACUGCCACAAUUAAUGGUAAACGUAAAAUGACUACGAUCCUAUUAGUCCGGAUCUACAAUAGGUUUUUAAGCCUUAAGCCAUAAGAAAGGAACGAAUCACAGAGUG